AUGGAGAGUCAUCAGCAUUGUGCUCAUCAUCAGCAGCAUCAUAGUCGCAGUCGUCGCCGUCGUCGUUUAGAAGUGUGUCAAUGUAAUGGACAUGCCCGUCGCUGCCGUUUCAAUUUGGAAUUAUAUAAGCUGUCCGGUCGUGUGUCGGGCGGUGUUUGCUACAAUUGUCAGCACGAUACGACAGGACGCUACUGUCAUUAUUGUCGCGAGGGCUAUUACCGGGACAAUACCAAACCGCUCAAUCAUCGUAAAGUUUGUAAACGAUGUGAUUGUCACCCCGUGGGCUCGACGGGUAAAACAUGCAAUCACUUAAGUGGUCAAUGUCCCUGUAAGGAAGGUGUUACCGGUUUAACAUGUAAUCGUUGUGCUCGCGGCUAUCAACAAACUCGUUCACAUGUGGCACCCUGUAUAAAAGUGCCAACAAAUGCAAAUAUGAUACAGGCUGAAAGUGCAGCGGUCAGUGAAUACAGAGAACCCACCCAGGCUGAGGAAAUGAAAAAAUAUUGUGGCAAAUGUAAAGCAACACCGAAGAAAUUAAAUUUAAAUAAAUUCUGCAUGGAAGAUUAUGCCCUCAUUGCCAAAGUCAUUGGCCACGACAGGGCAUCCCAGGAUAUUAGCACAGAGAAAUUCUCCAUCGAACGCCAAAACGAAAUUUUCAAAUAUGAAAUAAAUAUACAAACAAUAUUUAAACGCAAUCCAAUGAUGGGUACAACGAGUUCAAUGCUGGCCCGGGGUCAUAUGAUGUGGUUGGUGCCGCGUAAAAAUUUGGAAUGCCAGUGUCCAAAAAUUAAAAUGAAUAAAACAUAUUUAAUAUUGGGUCGUGAUGCGGAAGCGGCACCCGGCUAUAUGGCCAUCGGUCCUAGCUCCGUUGUCUUGGAAUGGAAAGAAGAAUGGUCACUGCGCAUGAAACGUUUUCAACGACGAGCGCGUAAAUGUAGUUGAAUCGAACCGGAAGCGGAAUAUGUCAGAACGGAUUUUAAUUUCGUACAUUUGGAACGUUAUAGAAUUUUGUAUAAAUUGUACAGUUUGCUCAAAUUUUUAACUUUCUUUGGCAUAAUGCUA